GGUAAUAGUUAUUACUGUCUCUCUGGCAGUGACUCUGAUGCCUACCCGGAAUACGAGGGAGGCUCUCAUGCAGACGGUUAAUGAUAUACUGGACAGAGUGCCACUAGUUGAUGGUCAUAAUGAUUUCCCGUGGCAUAUACGGCUAGACACUGCCAUCAAUGGAAGCUUGGCACGCUUAAAUAUGAGCCAAGACUUGAGAAAGGUGCUGAAGUAUAGAGCGAAGUUCCAUCCCAGUCAGACAGACAUACCCAGAAUAAAAAAGGGACGCCUUGGCGCACAGUUUUGGGUGUCAUUUGCGUCGUGUGAAUCCCAGUUCAAGGACGCCACUGUGAAAGCCCUGGAGCAGUUGGACCUCAUUAAACGAAUGAUUGCGCAGUAUUCUGAUGUGUUUGAAUUUGUCACCACAGCGGAUGGUAUUGAAUCUGCCCAUAAAAGCGUUAAAGUGGCCAGUCUCCUGGCUGUGGAGGGCGGCCAUCACAUCAGGAGUAGUCUGGGUGUACUGAGGAUGUUCUAUGAACUUGGAGUGCGUUAUAUGACCCUUACCUGGAACUGUAAUACACCAUGGGCUGACUGCAACGUCGCUACCAGGCAACGAAAGCCUGUCCACCACGGUCUGACGGACUUCGGCAAGAUCGUCGUGAAGGAGAUGAACCGCUUAGGAAUGAUGGUAGACCUGUCGCACGUGGCCGUGGACACUAUGCACGCGGCCCUGAACGUGUCUGAAGCACCGGUCAUCUUCAGCCACUCGUCUGCUUUCGCGCUUUGUCCUCAUGUCAGAAAUGUCCCGGAUGACGUCCUCGUACGAGUGAAAGAAAACGGCGGCAUAGUUAUGGUUAACUUCUACAAUGAUUUUAUAAACUGUUCCUCUGAAAACACAUAUACAGGGGAACAGGACUGGAGACCCGCGGAUAUCAACCAAGUCAUAGAACACAUAGAGUACAUACGCAAUAUAACCGGCGUUGAUCACGUUGGACUAGGCAGCGACUUUGAUGGGAUAGACAGGUAUCCUGUCGGUCUAGAAGACGUGUCGAAAUUCCCCAACAUUCUCUACGAGUUGAUGUCACGUGGUUGGAGUGAGGAAGAGCUGGAAAAACUGGCCGGGAAAAACUUUCUCAGGGUGUUCCGAAAGGUGGAGGAGGUAAAAAUGUCCAAAGUGGAUCAACCUGCAUUUGAGAAUCUUAUUGAUAUUAAUGAAAUACCGGAUCAUAGCUGCAUCAGCACAAACUGGGAAAUAUUUGGAUGAAACUGAAUUGUUAUAAUACGGUGGUGUCCAUGUACACCUGUACAUAAACGAACCGAACUGCUUUUAUAAAGUUAUGUUGGGAUACGUUUCACGAAGAAAUCAGAUACAUUGAAGACCAAACGUGAAAUCUGAUCUGAUGGUUUUGAUAAAGAUAUAUGGCCGAUUGUGUGCAUUAAUUGGGCAGAUUCGAUAAAGUAAGGUUCACAAGAUUAUAGCAGCUAAAA